CGUUCUGUCUCACCAUAGAGAAAAUAAGAAUAAGGAGAGUCCCAAAAUCAUACGCGCAUUUCGCCACUUAGUUUUUUGCGCAUCUAACUUGCGCAUGAGGCGCCAGCGUCUCAGCUGAACUAAAAGAGGUGACAGGUGACGGAAAUGUCGGAAACAGCUGAUUAUAAAGAUCGGAAAUGGAGAAGAAAGCCGAAGUGCCGAAGUUCCAAACAGAGAAAUAAAAACGAGAAACGAUUUGACGCCAUGACAUAGAGAAAUGAAUAUUAAAUAAAUAAAAUUAAAUAUACUUUCAUUUACUCUAUGCGAAAUGAUUGUGUUUGUUAGCGUGGUUAAGUGGGUGAUUAGUUCACUUUUUUUAAAUUUUUGAAUGCUCUACGUCCUCGGCUCUACCGUUCUGGCAGUUCUGGUUGGCAUUAGGCAUUGCUUUAGUAAGUCGAUGAAGAUUAGAGGAGCAACAACAUCAUCCUACAGAAGCAAGACCGAAGCAACCUACAGAACCAACCUACCAACCUUCGUAUGAUAGCAAACCUCUUCAAACAGCUAUUGAUGAUCCUACUGAAAUAUCUCAUCAUGUGAAUUCAGGUAUAAGGUUUUACCAAGGUACCUAUUAACAUAGAAUUAAGGACCUUAAACUUCAACUAUGGAGUCAUAAAAUAGGGAAAAAGCCAAACAUGAUAGCAAAAUUAGUAGAAGACAAGCAACUUGGAGACUUGGGGAGAAGGCAAGGUAAAUAUUCACUUAAUUCAUUUUUUGUUUUGUAAAUGUGGUAUUUGAUGCUCUUUUGAACAUUUUCUGUAUCAUGUUACUUAUUAUGGUAGGUUCAUGCACACAAAUAAUAUAAUAUAAUUAAGAACUAAUAAGGCCAUUUUAUUUAAAUAAUUUUUAUGAGUUCAUACAGCAAAAUAAAAUAACUUUAGUGUGGCCUGCUAAUAAAAUGAUUGAUUACGGACUAAAAAGAGGCCUAAUCGACACAUACUGUAAAUAAAUUAAAAAAAAACACCCAUUUUCAGUAUGUAAAUAGUUUUCACAUAGAAAAACCAUAAAAAACAACUUUAUAAAAAAGUAGGGUUAUAGGCUGAAAUUGAUGAUGCUCAAAUCGAUUUUCACUUAAAAUAAGCUCAAAAGUUAGAGUUGACCAACUUUUAUUUUAGUUAUUUUAUUUUAUAUUGUUUUAUUUGGUGCAUGGACUCACUAUUAUAAAGUCGUAGAUUAUACAUACAUUUACAUGUAUGUUUAUGUACCAGCAUAAUAUGUGGGUACCUAUGAUGUUUAUUUACACUAUAUAUUUAAACUUUGUGUGAUAUGUAGAAUUGUACAGGGCUUUUCUUAUAUUUUUCCACCCCCUCUUAUUUCAAAGCAAUUUCCUGGCAAUAAAACAAUUGCGACAAUAUGCAUUAUUAUAAUGCUAGUGUAUAAAAUGCAAAGCAGCCAAAUCAUAAACUUUAAUAUUUUAAAAACUGUUAAACUAAAUAUUAAGAAUGCAUAUAUUUUUGAAGUCAGGAAAAAGUAACUUUUAUUUAAACAAAAAAAAAUUUUUUUAACUUUUUGCAACACCCUGCAUACAUAAAACAAUAUUUUGCCAAAAUUAAAUGUUGACCCUGCAACUUUUCCCUAUACUAUGUUUUUUUUCAGGGUGGUCUAAAAAAGUUAGGGGGGUGGGAAAAUACAUAAUAUAAAGAAUGGCCCUGUAUACAGGGUGUGUCCCAAAAGUCAACAAUCAAACUUAAGGUGGAGAAGAAGGAGGUCAUUUAGAAUGAAAAUAAUAACAUAACCAUCUACAUAAAAUAUGUUGAUAUCCAAUUGUUGAUAGUUAAAAAGUUAUUGUAUUUUUUAUCUUUAUGUUCUAGAUUUAGUGGGAAUUUAGAAAUUAACAAAUAUACAUAGGCCAUGAGGCAACACAUCAGCUGCUUCUUAAAAUUCAACAUAGGACAAGGUGUAAAAAUGUUUUAAGCCUAUAGGCAUAUUAAAUUUCACUAAUUAUUAUCAAAUAUGUAAUAGGUAGCAAAAUUGAUCGAUAUCCUAACACUUUAAGUGGUAUGUAGCAUUUUUUGUUUUUUUCUUUUGCUUUAAAUGUUGGGGUUCAAUUAAAAACAAAAAAAAAUGUCUGACACCAAGGAUCCUGGCACAUAUGUUCGUAAGUGCAUGGUUUUUAACUGCAAAAAUAAAUACUUUUUUCCCAUUGUUGAACCUACUUACAAAAAUAAAUCAUUCUUUCAGUUCCCGGUCAAAGACAUAGAGAGAAGACAUAAAUGGUUCAAAAUCUUAAAUUUAGAAUAUACAGAAAAACAGUGCUAUUUAUGUCAAGAUCAUUUUAAUGAAAAUCAAUUUUCAAAUACAUAUAAAAAUCGUUUACUUAAAUUUGCAAUACCAUCAUUACGAUCUACUUCUCAAAGUUUUGAAAUUGAUUCUUUUGUCGAUAAUGAACCCAUCAGUAUUGAUUUUAACAAUACCCAGCAUUUGCCUCCCGUAAACUUACCAGCAAUAAAUUCACAUGAAGCGACUGAUCCAUUUCAAAGUCCUCCUUUAUAUCAAGCUAGAGAAAUUUUAGAGUUGCCUAGUAGUUCUGCUGAAACCACUAAUCUUAAAAGAAAAUUUAAAUCCGAUGCCAAACCUUGCCAGUCCAAAACUCGUUCCAGAAAAAACUUCUUAGCUGAUUUGGGGGAAACAAGAUCAAAAAAUCUUACACCGAGAAAAAGAAAGCUAUAUUUUAUUAAUAAAUCACAAAACAACACAAUCUACAAAUUAAAACACAGGUUAAAAAACUCCAACGAUAAAAUUAAAACCGCCUAUGAAUUCUCGAAAACCAGAAUAUUUAGAGAACUAGAACAGCACUUGGAUCCGGCAGUGGUUUCAUUUUUCCAAAGCUCAUUUGCCAAUGUGUCAGUUAAAAGACAUACAUGGACCCUAAGGGAAAAAAAAUUUAGACUUCUUACAGAAUGUCAACAAUGUGUAGAAAAUUUGCUGUCGGACACAGUUGAACCCCAACAUUUAUUUGUAUCGUUUAAAGAAUACACAGACACAAAAAAAAGACUGACCUACGUAUCCAAAGAUGUAAGCUACUAUUUAGCUAAAAUUCAUGACUGUGUUAUUUCUAUUUUACCCAAGUAUGGAUACAUUUCCCAUUUAAGAAAAAAGAUUAAACUCAUUUUAAAGAGUCAUCUAGAUUUUAAUUGGUUUAGUUGUGCUGAACACAAGGACAUGAUUCACAAUAAAUUACUAGAUUUCUCCAUAGAGCUUAUAAUAAAAAAAUUUUAUGAUGACAUAUAUAGAAAUCUUAAAUUGGAGAAACAAAAGGCUCUUGAUGAAAAAAAAAUGAGAAAAAUUAGACAUUUAUGAAAAAGUCUUUGAUAUAGUAAAAGUCAUAUUCCUAUCAUUUUGGUCACCUGUCAAAAGGCCAGUUUUCACCUGUCAAACAAUGUAAAUAGCAGGUGGAUGGCAUUGUCUGACAUCUGGAAAGCUGGGUUUUUGACAGGCGACCAAAAUGAUCGAAAUAUGAAGUCUUCUAUUAUACUAAACAUAAAAUAAAUUAAAAUUAAAUCCUUAAUGCACGGCCUGCCUUAUUUGUUCCUUUUUUUAUAAUGUUAAGCAUUUUUAGCUGUUCUUAUAUAGUUCUUAAGUUAGUGAAUUAAGUCAUGAAAAAUAAACUAUCUGUGAUUUAAUGGUUGUUGAUUUCUAGUUUUUAAGGAUUUUGUAUUUUUAUUUCUUAAGUGUUUAAUAAUUUAAAUUUUAAAUUGCAGAUAACUUAAAAGAUUUUUGUUUAGGUUUAAGUUUUUUGUGUUUUUAUUUUUGAUUUGUAGUAUUUUUAAGGUUUGUAAGUUUAUAAGUUUGAUUCUUUUUUAUUGAUACUUUUUUGCUACCUAUUAGAAUAUGUAUUUUUCAGGUUUUGUUACCUUAACCUUUGCAUUAAGAUAGUACACCUAUUUGACAAACUGACUGAAAACGGCUUAAAGAAAAAUAGGAUGAAAAAAAUU